GAUGGGUUGUGGAUCAAGUAAAGGUGAAGAAGUGGAUAAUCCAAAUAAAAGUAAUCAUAUAUAUAGUAUUAUUUAGUCAAGGAUGUUGCACAUUUUAAAAUUUCAUCUUCAGGUAUGGUUUCAGAAAAACAUGGAUUAAUCACUAAUGAUUACACACUUCUGAAACCUCCCAUCGGAAAAGGUAUAAUUAAAACAUUAAAAAAGGUGCUUAUGGUGAAGUUAGAAAAGGUGUGCAUAAAGUCACAAAUUAAAUUAGAGCUAUUAAAGUAAUUUCAAAGGAAAAAGCAAGCAAGAUGGAAGUUGAAAGAUUAAGAAUAGAAAUAGAAAUUCUUAAAAGAUUAGUAAAUUUAUAAUUAGAAGAUAGGAUCAUCCUAAUAUUAUUAAGAUUUAUGAGUUCUAUUAGGAUAGUAAAAAUAUAUAUAUUGUGACUGAAUUAUGCACUGGAGGAGAACUUUUUGAUAAGAUAUAGGAAUAAUAAUCAUUUUCUGAAAGAAAAGCUGCUGAAACUCUUAAAUAGAUAUUGAGUGCAGUUAAUUACUUACACAAGAGUAAAAUUGUACAUAGGUAAAAGAUUAAUGUGAUUUGAUUUAGAGAUCUUAAACCAGAGAAUAUUCUAUAUGAAUCAACUAAACCAUAAGCUUUGUUAAAGAUAGUGGAUUUUGGAACUAGUAGAAUGUUUGAAUAAGGUUACAAGAUGAAUUAAAAACUAGGAACAGUAAAUUAAUGAUUCUUAUAAAUUUAGCCAUAUUAUAUAGCACCAGAAGUUUUGGAAAGGAAAUAUGAUGAAAAAUGUGAUGUAUGGUCUUGUGGUGUAAUUUUAUACAUUUUACUUUGUGGAAUCCCUCCUUUUAAUGGAGAAGAGGAUGAAGAGAUACUUGAAUCUGUGAGAGAAGGUCAAUUAACAUUUGAUGGAGAAGAAUGGAAUCAAAUAUCUUAUGAAGCUAAAUUAUUGAUAAGUAAGAUGUUGGAAAGGGAUCCAAAGAGAAGAAUUAGUGCUGAAUAAGCAUUGAGGGAUCCUUGGAUUACAACAUAUGUUAAAAAAACAGAAAUGGAUUUACCAUAAUUAACAAAAGUUUUGAAUAAUCUCAGAAAUUUUAGAGUAGAAAAGAAGUUUUAAGAAGCAGCAUUAACCUUUAUGGUUAAUUAAAUGGCUACUAGUUAAGAGAAAUAAGAAUUAUUAUAAUAAUUUUAAGCACUUGAUUUAAAUGGAGAUGGAAGAUUAUCAAAAGAUGAACUUAUUUUAGGUAAUAUACUGUAUUAAUAUUUAAAGGUUAUGCUAAGGUUAUGAGUUAUACAGAUGCUGAAUUGGAAGUAACAAAAUUAAUGAAAUAAAUAGAUCAAGAUAAGAAUGGAAGUAUAGAUUAUUCAGGUAUUUAAAAAUAGUUAUUAAUAAUUUUAGAAUUUGUCUUGGCUACUUUUAAUAAAGUCAAAUUAUUAGAAGAUAAACGAUUAGAAUAGGCAUUUCGAUUGUUUGAUAAAGAUGGAAGUGGAUCAAUAUCAAUUGAUGAAAUUAAAGGAAUCUUUGGAUCUGAUGAAACUGCAGUUAGUGAUGAAGUAUGGAAAGAGCUAUUAGCAGAAGUAGAUGCUAAUGGAGAUGGAUCUGUAUUUUAAAUAUAUCUAUCUUUAGAUAAGCUUUUAAGAGUUCAAAGAAAUUAUUGUUAAAGCCAUCAAUGUUAGUUAUUCAGAUUAAAAACCCAUAAAAUGAUU